CUCUAAACAAUAAUUUUUAUAUAAUUAUUUAGAAUAAAACAACCUUAUUUUAUUGUUUUAGACAUAAAUUAACAAAAUAAACUAACUAAUUAUAAAAUAGAGUAAAUGAGCAGGAGAAAAGUUGGAGGAGUCAUUAAAAAAGCUAUUGAAAAGGAAGAAAAAGAGCCUGUAAAGAAAGCUCCAAAAAAAAAACCUAGCAAGGCUGUGGUUUAGCAAGAAUAAAUUAUGCUUAACAUUGAAAAUGCAAAUACUACUUAGCACAUUAAAGAUUUAUGUGAUUAAUUCGAACCUCCCGCUUGCAAAAAAUGCCCAAAUAGAAAUGCAGAUCGUAUUUGUGUGAAUGCAGAGUGUGGUCAUAACAAUUAUCUUGAGUUAAUUUGCGGUAAAUGCCAUUUCUAAAAACACAGCGAAUGUAAAGAAAAACCUGAAUUAGAUGUUGAAGAAUUCUUUAUAAAGCUUGGCACUUUUUUGAAUGAAACAAAAUUCAAUUCAUCUUUUGGGGAAUAAGGAAUUAAUACUGAAAAACUUUAAGAAGCUUUUGCCUAAAUUGACUUGUAUAAUUAAAAGCUUGAUGAAAUCGAAUUGGUUAUCAAAAAAGAGAUAUUGACAUAUAAGACCCCUGAAGAAACCCACAAUUCUAUUGCCAAUAGUAUUACAAAAGCAAUCAGUGAGCCAACAUUUGAAAACAUAUAAAAUGAACUUGAGAAUAUUAAAUCAUAUGUUUUAUUUGAGGAUAACAAUUUCAAGUCGAAUGGAAUCUCAGAAAAGGCAAAAUAUUUGAGAGAUUAGGUUAAGGCAAUUAGUGAAGAAAAUAAACUUUUAAGAUAGACUAUAAAUUCCUCUUUUAUAGGUGGAAGAAGCAUAGAUAUUUCUGAUCUUAAAAUUGAAGAAGGACUAAGCUAAAAUUAUAGAACUUAGAAAAAGUUAAAAUGGUCAUACAAAAACGGUUCUAUUAACAUCUAAAGUCAAGCAAAAUCCUACUAAUAAUAAGUACAUCUUGAUUUUGAGAUUGAUCCUUAUAAAAAAUAUACUCUUCGUUGGACUGUUAACAGUUUUAAUAAUAACUAUCACUUUGUUGGUUUGUUCAGAAAAGAUUAAGUCAAAACCAAUUAUAUGUAUUCUGGUACAUCUGGAUAUAUAUUUAAGAGAUUUUACAAUUAGAGCCCCACAUAAGACUGCUCAGAAGUAGUGAAAGGCAUAGAUUUUGGUUAGAGUGUAUAAAACGGAAGCUAAUACGAAAUGAGAUUCAGUAUUUCAGACAAUAUUCUUUAGUUUUGCACUUAUCCUGACUAUGAAAAUGUAGUGUCAAAAUUUGAUUAUGUUUCAUUUGAUAAAGAUACAGAAUACGUAAUUACAUUUAAUAUGUAUAAUAACAUGAAUAUAUCUAUAGAUAGUCUUGAAGAGAGUUACUUCUUCCCAUCAUAUUGA